CUAGUGACUCAAAGCAUUUAUAUAAGUGAAAGUGUUAUUGGACUUUAUACAUACAGUGUGUUUUGAUUAAGUGUGAUUGUUCUAUUAAAAAUCCUGUCGAGUUUCAACGUAGUUUUUAUUCAUUUUUUUUAUAUGAAAACAAUCGCCUGUUUAUAAUAUAGUGACACUUCGCGACGGAUCGCUUGACUUGUUUGAGUAUCGACGUGUUAAGUUUAUUUUCGAUUUCUCCGAGUGUGUUUGUGGACGCAUUAAAGACUGAUAUGGCAACAUAAGAGUGUUUGCUUACAUUCUGGCGUACAAUAGGACGCUAGCGUCGUCCCAACGUCGCGGCUUACCAGUAAUUCAAUAUUAUACCGUAUUUAUCUUGGUGCUGCGAGGAUGUGCUCUUCAAUAUAAUAACAAUGUGACCUAACUUUGAAGAAACACUUCGGAUCUCAGACGAGGUAUAUGUGCCUUGCUCUUUUAUAUUUUAUACAUCAGUGAGUAAAGAAUUUUUACUUGUUUUAUUAAAGUGAAGAGUUAUAAAAAUUCAAAAAUGAAUAGCACGGAAAAGUUAGACGACAAAACGUCUCGGGACGAUUCGACUGAGGAACUGCCUCUAAAAACAGAGACUAAAACUGGUCUCCCGGACAUGACCUUUUUUGAGAAGAUCAAAUUUAUCAAAUCUAAUAUAACGGUAGAACCUGUUGUGGCAUUCUUUGUCAUGCCCAGCGUGCUAGCGAUGUUAGCGACGCAAAACUUGAAUUUAGAGAAAGCGUGCAGGGUCAACCUGGGGUUCGGAGACGAGGCCUGUACCGCGUUGAGGCUCAGGAAACGAGCGAACUAUACUUACGAAGAAGAUGAGGUACAGAAACUGAUCGCAUCGGUCCAGGCAUGGAAGAGCGUGGUACACACAGCGAUACCAACACUGCUGAUGCUUUUCAUCGGCGCGUGGAGCGACAAGACCGGUAAACGAAAGAUCUGCAUGCUGAUGCCAAUCUUCGGGGAAUUCAUGACGUGUGUACUAAACAUGAUAAACACGUACUUUUUCAAUGAAGUCCCAGUAGAAUGGACCGUGUUUAUGGAGGUCAUAUUCCCGGCUCUGACAGGCGGCUGGUACACAAUGUUUCUCGGCGCUUUCAGUUAUUUAGGAGACAUAACAUCUAAGGACACAAGGACGUUCCGAAUAGGUCUGUUGAACUUGUGUAUGACAGUUGGAUUCCCCAUCGGGAUGGGGCUGAGCGGCAUCCUGUUACGAUUCCUCGGGUACUACGGAGUGUUCUCAAUAUCAGCCGCGCUGCAAUUCGCUAACUUUUGCUAUGUAUUGUUCGUUAUAGAUGACCACACAUGGCUUGAGAACAAAGACAAGGUUAAAAGAACUGGUUGUACUGGUUUUUUGCUGGAGUUUUUCGACUUCCGCAGUCUAAAGGAGACUGUUGAGAUUGCCUUCAAGAAAGGCCCCAAUAACAGACGACUUCGGAUCUGUCUAAUAUUGAGCGUGGUCUGUUUGACGUUCGGGCCGAUGUGGGGUGAACUAAGCAUCAUGUACAUAUUCACUCGAUACCAGUUCAAUUGGGAUGAAGUCAAAUACAGCAUCUAUUCGACUUACAGCCUUGUCACACACUCCAUUGGUACACUUUUCUCCAUCAGUGUCUUCAGUAGGAAGCUGAAAGCUGAUGAUGCAGUCCUGGGGAUGAUAUCCACUACCAGCAAGGUAGCCGGUGCUCUAGUACUCGCCUUCGCCAGGAAUGGAUACGAAGUCUAUCUAUCGCCGUUGUUGGAGAUCUUAAAUGGGACCACGGCGAUUGCUCUGCGGUCGAUUGCAUCUAAAUUGGUUUCAUAUCAAGAAUUAGGUAAAGUGUACUCUCUGUUCGGAGUAGCAGAGACCAUGAUGCCCAUAAUAUUCGCCCCGCUCUACUCCAAAGUGUACAUCGCCACGCUGAAUGUGUUGCCAGGGGCGGUGUUCCUCGUCAGUAUAUUGGCCACCAUACCCGCUUUGGGAAUAUUUAGUUGGUUUUACUACCAGCACAAACAAGACGACAAAGAGAAAAGACUGAACAUGCCAAUGCCGCCAGCACCAGCAGACGUCCCAGUAGCCCCGGCGUAAAGAAAAACAAAAAUGAACUCUAAGAACGAGUACUAGAUAUCAAAUUUGAUUAGAUACCUCAUUCCUGAUUUGGCUAUAACCUGCUUUUGUACGUUGGUGUUAAUAGACAUUCCAAGGUUGGUUAAAUGUGUGGAAGGGUCGUGAUCGUUUGAAGAAUCUUUUAAUAAAACCAACGUUGGUAAAUUGCCAGCGAUUGGCCAAUGCAAAAUGCAUGUUUCCAACAUGUUGGUGCCAACGUUUAAAGCCAACCUAAAUUGUAACGAAGCAAUACAAAUAAUAAUAGAAACGUCAAUAAACCUUCGUGCUCAUUCAAAA